GUGCUGAGAAUAGGCAGGAGACCAACUGUUCGGAAGCUAAGGAGAAGACUUUACUAAGUGUCAAAGAUCUUACUUGUUUUCAGAGCCAGAGAUUGCAUGUUUACAUCACAGAAAGAACAACUAUAGGUUGCAGAACUUAGAGGACACAACAGCAGUCAUGGCCACCAACUCCUUCCAGAGGAGGCAGUGGGCCUCCCAGUCUCUGCGCAUCACAGCCAACGAACUGUCCAUUGUGGGCAAGAAUACAGCCAUUUCUGAGCGCUUCUCCAAGUACCAAAAAGCAGCAGAGGAGACUGGCAUGGAGAAGAUGAAAACCGCUUUGGAGGAUGUGGCCUCAGCCCCCCGCCGUGGCAACCUGAGUUCCCUGAAGAAACGCUGGGAGCAGCCCCCAGUGACCCCUACAACUUACCCCCACACACGUCCAUCAAAGCCCACUCCCACUCCCAACGCCACGCCACUGUCCUCAGAACCAGUCCGAAAAUCAGCGACCAACGAGAUCAACGAGAGCCCAGCAUUGCCCACUGACACCCCAACGGAGCCUGUGGUUGUCCCGGUCCCCCAGGAUCUGCAGUACCAGGAGGAGCCAGCCAUGGAGAACCAGGAGCAAGAGGAGCCUGCGACUGUGCCCAGUGUGGCCAUCGAGAAGCCCAACGUGCCUCUUACCAGCCUAAAGAUGAUGUUUGAGAAAGGGGAGAACAUGCAGAACAAAGUACCCAAAGAGCCGGGGCGAAUGGGAGCAAGCAGCAGCAUGCCUGAAAACAUGCAUCUACAAACUGACAAAGAAAAAGUUGAGACUACCCCACUGCGGGACAGGAUGGCCAUCUACCAGGCAGCUGUGUCCAAGCAGGAUGUCUUCACCACACCAACUCGUACUAUUGACUCCAUGGACACAGAGCCGCAGGUUUACAUCAAGCAAAAGGAGAAUGUGCCCCCAAGCAUUGUGGAAAUGUCUGUCUCUGAGCCUAACAGCAGGAAAGGUUCCUCCACAGACAGCAAUGGAACGGCACCGUCAUCUCCUCAUGAUCCAACUCAGCCUAAAUCACUUAAGAAGUUCCUCCCUGUGCGGGAGACCUGUGUUAUGUGUCAGAAGACUGUUUACCCGCUGGAGCGUCUGGUGGCUAAUCAACAGGUCUACCACAACACGUGCUUCCGCUGUGCCCACUGCAACACCAAGCUGAGCUUGGGGAACUAUGCAUCCCUGCACAGCAAUGUCUACUGCAAGCCCCACUUUUGCCAGCUCUUCAAGGCCAAGGGUAACUAUGACGAGGGUUUUGGACACCGGCCCCAUAAGAAACUGUGGGAGGGAGCAGCCAAAGGAUCACCAGAGGAGCAACCAAAAGUGACCCCGUCUGCAGACAAAAUCACCAGCCCUACAGUGGAGGAGUCCCCUUUAGCCAAGGUGAACGUGCUGGCGGCCUCGCUCGAGACCCGCUCUGUGUCCGGCACAGAGAAGGCUGCAGGUAGUUCUGUGGAACGUCUGACCGAGACCCGCCGGUUGAAGAUCUCCUGGCCCCCCCGGGCUGACACCUGUGAUGGAGGAGACACAGAGGAGGGCUCGGAGGGCCUUAGUCCAGCGCCUGAAGGCAGUCCUGUUGUCAGAUCUGUUCUGGCCAAGUGGCCUCCCGAAGGGGAUGCCCUGUCCCCUGCCCUAAGCCCAGAGCUGUCAGAGCUGUCCAGCCUGCAGAGGAGCUCCUCGCUCAAAGACCGCAGCCGGCUAUUCUCCCUCACUCCCACCUCAGCAUCAGUCCCUAAAGACUCUCGCUUCUCCAAGCCUGAGCCAGUGCAGACCUCCAGAGAUGACCAGGAACAACCCUCAUCCACUCAGAGUUCUGACGGUGAGGACUCGCCAGAAGAAAUCUGUAGGAAUGACUUGGAUGGGGAGGAGCUAAAUGAGGAUGCAAGUUCAACACAAGAGGAGGGUCAUAGGUCUGAGGAGGAGGAGGAAGAUGAGGAGUUGGGAAGUGAUGGUGAGGAGAUGGAAGCAGAACAGGGAGAUGAGGAUGAGCUGGCAGCUCCAGAAUGGCAGCCGUCUCAAAUGGACAGCACUCCUCCAGCAUCUCCAUCAGCUGAAUCCCAGGAAAACUGUGCUUCGCAGGAUGUGGGCUUCUGGGAAGGAGAGGAGGCUGAAGAGAGCCAAGAGGAGGUGUCUGUGGAGGAGCUAAUCAAGCGGAACCGCCAUUAUGAAGAGGAAGAGCAGGACAACUAAGAAUGUGACCGGACAAAGCCAAUCAAGACGUUGAGACGUUGGAUUCUUUUUUUUUUCUUGGUUUGAACGAUCUUAACUGAAGCAGAAAUCUAGUGACCAAUCUAAGAUGUCUCCCUGUUCGGCGCUGGUGCAGAGUUGCUUCUGUCUGAAUUCUGUCUUCAGGUGCCUGUGAAGGUUGCAAAUAACCAAAAACUACUAAUAAUGGAGAUCUCAAAUAUAUGCUGGACCAAGACGCAUCACUGAUAUAACCAUCUUAUUAAUUUUAAGCAUUUUUUUAUGUCUGUCAAUAGGCCUUUGUCUUCAUUCUUUAUACAUGGUUUUGUGUGUUUUUAAAAUCUAUGAAAUCAACAAGCAAUGUUUUUAGAUUGGCUUAAAUAAUACUAGUGUGAUAUUUGUGACAUUCUGAACCAUGUUGAUGUAUUUGAUGUUACUGAAUUGCCCAUUGCACCACUGUUGCUCAUUAUCUUAUCAGGAAAGGAUUCCAGCUCUUAUUUGUUUUUUUUUUGUCCUUUUAUAUAAUUUUAUGUUGGAAAUGAAAUGGUUCACUGUACUUUUUUUUUUUUUUUUUU